AUGCAUAUCUUUUCCUCUCCGCACUACAUUCCCUUCCUCCUCUCACUCCAUUCCCUUCCCCCUCUCAAUCCAUUCCCUUCCCCCUCUCACUCCAUUCCCUCCCCCUCUCAAUCCAUUCUCUUCCCCCUCUCUGUCCAUUCCCUUCCCCCUCUCGGUCCAUUCCCUUCCCCCUCUCAGUCCAUUCCCCUCCCUCUCUCAGUCCAUUCCCUUCCCCCUCUCAAUCCAUUCCCUUCCCCCCCUCAGUGCAUUCACAAUCAUUUACACCCGCACUGCAUUCCCUUUCCCCUUCUCAUACCAUUCCCUUGCCCCCACAUUGCAGUUCCUUUCCUCUCCGCACUGCAUUCCCCUCCCCCUCUCUGUCCAUUCCCUUCCCCCUCUCAGUCCAUUCCCCUCCCCCUCUCAGUCCAUUCUCUUCCCCCUCUCACUCCAUUCCCUUCCCCCACUCAGUGUAUUCACAAUCCUUUACACCCGCACUGCAAUCCCUUUCCCCUUCUCAUACCAUUCCCUUGCCCCCACAUUGCAGUUCCUUUCCUCUCCGCACUGCAUUCCCUUCCCCCUCUCAGUACAUUCCCUUCCCCCCCUCAGAGCAUUCACAUCCAUUCCCCUCCCCCUAUCAGUCCAUUCCCUUCCCCCUCUCAGUCCAUUCCCCUCCCCCUCUCAGUCCAUUCCCUUCCCCCUCUCAGUCCAUUCCCUUCCCCCUCUCAAUCCAUUCCCUUCCCCCUCUCAAUCCAUUCCAAUCCUUUCCACCCGCACUGCAUUCCCUUUCCCCACCAUCACUCCAUUCCGUCACCUCCCUUCUGUGCAUUUAUGUCCCCCGCCAACUACAUUCCUUUCCCAUCUCAGGCCUUUGCCUCUGCCCUGCAGUACAUUCGUUUCAUGAACUCCUGUCCUUUGUCUUCCCCUCCCAAUUCCCAUGCACAGGCUCUUAGAGAUUUGUUGAGUGAGCCUCGGCUUACCCAUCCACUCGUUACUUGUGCACAUCGGAAAACGGUUGGGGGUGUUCGGGUGUACGAUGCUCCUGAAACCGGCGAGUUUUGGAACAACGUGUAA